UAUCGAUAUAUAAUAUCAUCUGUUUUAAAAGCAAGUGCGAAAUGAAUUUAGAAACAUCUUCCGAGCUUUUGCUCACAAAAGAACAAUUACAAAACAUAUUAGCCAAGCUGACCGCGGGAUAUAUAACGUCCGCAGAACCAAUUACAACUACACCAAUUCUGCCUCAAUACAAAAAACUUGGCGUACUCGUUGACUUUGAUGAAAUUGUAGAAGCUAAAGCAACGAAAGUUCCCACAUACAAAAAUAUCGUAAAUGCUAAGACGACACAAUCCCAGUACUACAGCUGCAUUCAAUGUCGGCGCCAACUUCCCACUGCACAUUUAUUGGAUCUGCACAUCACCGAACUGCACGAUUUGUAUUUUGCGGCAAGCGUGGAGCGCGGCGAUAAGCCUCUAUACGCUUGCUACAUUGAAGAGUGUACUAUGAAAUUCUAUAUGCCAAGUGAGCGUAAGGACCAUUGCAUCACGCUGCACAAGUUUCCGGUGAACUAUCGUUUUGAUCAAGAAAAGAUCACUAAAACAAAGAGUCGCAAGAAGAAAGAUGCGGAUGCCAUGGAUGUGGAUAAUGUGCCAUCAUCCAACGUGGGUAAACUUCCUUACAUAAAGGCAUUUAGCUUUGGGCAUCCUACACAGCGAACUUUCAAUACACGCAAGGAACGCGGCUCUGACAAGGCGUUGAACGAUGUACAGGCAAUGAAAGAAGCACUUGAAGACAUGGACUAAGCUUUAUGUUGCCAUUUUAUUACACGAAGUUUGCUUUAUAAGAUACUUGUAUUAAUUAACUUGCGGAAACGUGAUGAUUAUUUUGUUUUGAUGCUGGACCUGAAAAUCGAGAAUAAAAUGAAUUGUUAUUGUAGGGUCAGA